UAGAGUAGGGUCCACAGAGGAGAGAGUGUGGAUAAAACGCGCGUUACAGAAGCCAAUGAAAACCCAGAAAACAAAUCACAACACAAUCUCUGAAAAGAAAAACCCAUUUCAUUUCCACACCCAGCAGCACCCUCUGAGUGGGUGGAAGGGUCAAAACAACCAUUUCAUUUCUUUUUCCCCUUCUUCCUCCUCCUCCUCCUCCUCCUUCCACUCUUUCAAAUUCAAUUCUAGGGUUUGUUAGGCUCAAUGGCCGUUUCAACUACUUUCUCUGGCCCCAAAUUCGAGUCUCUAUUCCUCAAAUCUUCUUCUUCUUCUUCAAGGUUAUCAUCAACCUCCAUUUCCAACCAUAUAUCACUUCUCGGGAAACCCAGAACUACCUUCAUUCAAAAAGGGAUUAUUCGUUGUGAUGCUCUAAAUUCUUCUUCUAAUGAUCAAACUACCACCACCAUUUCUGCUCUUGAGCUUCUCAAAACUUCUGGAGCUGAUAGGUACACAAAGGAAAGGAGCAGCAUUGUCGUCAUUGGGCUCAGUGUGCACACUUGUCCAGUGGAAAUGCGUGAAAAACUUGCCAUUCCUGAAGCAGAAUGGCCUAGAGCUAUUGCAGAGCUUUGCAGUCUCAAUCAUAUUGAAGAAGCAGCUGUUCUGAGCACCUGCAACCGAAUGGAGAUAUAUGUUGUCGCUCUAUCCCAACACCGCGGUGUCAAAGAGGUCAUGGAAUGGAUGUCAAAAACAAGUUCUGUUCCUGUUUCAGACCUCUGCGAGCACCGGUUUUUACUAUACAACAAAGAUGCCACACAGCACAUUUUUCAAGUGUCGGCGGGUCUUGAGUCUCUGGUAUUGGGAGAAGGUCAAAUCCUUUCUCAGGUUAAACAAGUUGUCAAAGUUGGACAAGGAGUUAAUGGCUUUGGAAGAAACAUUAGUGGUCUAUUCAAGCAUGCAAUAACUGUUGGAAAGAGGGUUAGAGCGGAGACCAAUAUUGCUGCUGGGGCAGUUUCUGUGAGCUCAGCUGCAGUUGAAUUGGCCUACAUGAAGCUGCCCGAUGCCUCACAUGGUAAUGCCAGGAUGCUGGUUAUAGGUGCUGGUAAGAUGGGAAAGCUCGUGAUCAAACAUUUGGUUUCAAAAGGUUGUACAAGGAUGGUUGUUGUCAAUAGAACUGAGGAGAGAGUUGCUGCAAUACGCGAAGAACUGAAGGAUAUUGAAAUAAUUUACAAACCUCUUUCAGAAAUGCUCUCUUGUACCUGUGAAGCUGAUGUCGUUUUCACCAGUACAGCAUCAGAAAACCCAUUAUUCAUGAAAGAUGAUGUCAAGGACCUUCCUCCAGCAAGUCAAGAGGUUGGAGGCCGUCGCCUUUUCAUUGACAUUUCUGUUCCUCGAAAUGUUGGUUCAUGUGUCUCAGAUAUUGACUCUGUGCGAGUUUACAAUGUUGAUGACCUUAAAGAGGUUGUGGCUGCCAACAAAGAGGAUCGAUUAAGAAAAGCAAGAGAAGCGCAGGUGAUCAUUGUUGAAGAGUUAAAGCAAUUUGAAGCUUGGAGGGACUCGCUGGAAACUGUUCCUACCAUUAAAAAAUUGAGAGCCUAUGCUGAAAGGAUCAGGGUUGCUGAGCUUGAGAAAUGUUUGGGUAAGAUGGGUGAUGAUAUCUCAAAGAAGACGCGGAAAGCUGUGGAUGAUCUUAGUCGAGGUAUUGUGAAUAGGAUGCUUCAUGGUCCAAUGCAACAUUUGAGGUGUGAUGGGAGUGACGACCGGACUCUAACUGAGACCCUUGAGAACAUGCAUGCUUUGAAUAGAAUGUUCAGCCUUGAGACUGAAAUAUCUGUUUUGGAGCAGAAGGUUCGAGCAAAGGUUGAACAAAACCAGAAGUAAGAUGGAUCCAACACCAAUUUCAUUGACAUACACAUUUAUUUCCUUCAUUAGAAUAAGAGGAAAACUCACCAUUUUGGGAUUUAAAAUGGUUGUAUAUUUAGUUGCACAGUUGAAACAGUAGAAGUCUCCUUGGCGGAGCUUCAAUUGAUUGUUGUGUCUGUGUGCUGCUAGGCCAAACUCGUUUGGGCUUUCGGCCUAUUUGUUUACACAUCCAUUUAGUUUUGUAUUAUACCGAAAUGAAAAUGUUUGUAUGAGCUCUGUAUUUACUACGAAUAAUAUUUGUCUAAUUGGAGUGUUGAUGUGCUGAUUCUUCA